AAAGACCCAAUGAAUGAACGCUCAGGGUGAACGCAAGAUCACCCAUCGACUACGUUAUUGACUAUAUAAUUAGGAAUUAAUAUUAAGGCCCAUAGAAGCUAGCUUACUCUAUAUAUACCUGGCAAAAUUCUAAGUGCAAUAACCCUGGGUGAUAGUAGUAAAGAAGUAUAUAUAGCUACUAAUAUAUCUAAUUAGUAAUUAAUAGAUUAUAUUAACAUAUGAUGAUGAAGAGUAGAAGUAUUUCAUCCGUAGUCUUGGUGGCAGUGGCCGUGGUGGUUUUGGUGGUUGCGCCGCCAAUGGUGAAAGCAGUGACUUCAAAUCAGUGCAAGGAGGAGCGGAGGCAGCUGGUGAACGAGUGCAGACCAGUGCUAUUCGGGCAAGACCCAUCGAACAACUGCUGCCGACGUGUGAGGGUAAUCCAUACGGAGUGCACCUGCCCCUAUCUCACCCCAAAGUUUGCUAAUCUAAUUAACCUUGAGCGAACCGCCAAACAAAUCCGAAGUUGUGGAAGGAACAUGCCUCACAACUUUAAAUGCGGCAGUGCUACUUUUCCAUGAUGAGAGAAAAUGUUCCAAAAUACCUAAAGCUUUCAAAUAUGCCUACGUCCCACCAAUAAUGUAAUGCGCUUGUGUCUAUGGGUGUUGUAAUAAGAAAUUGAAUUACAUUCUCUAUGUAUUAUUCAAUUAAGAUAUGUAUCACGGUUCGUAUGUGAAGAUCUGUGUCAAUUAAGCUUUUCAUUAUCUCUAUAUAAUUGAAUUAUAAAUUUCAGAACA